AUGUUGACCUCGGCAUCUCCCCUUCCCACUCCCAGGAUGCUCUGGGCCCUCCUGCUCUUGGCCACCUCUGGGACUGCUCAGAGUAGAGACUGGGACAGCCCCAGCUGCACCAAGGACGUGGUUUCUGUGUUCAGGGGCAAGCCAGCCGUGAUGGCCUGCAGCAUCACCAACCUCUUCUCCCACAUCAACAUCUCCCUGCGGACCUACCACGGGGAGAGCUGGCAGCUCAUCUUCAGUGUAAAGGCCCCAGGAAACUUCCGUCAGGAUGGAUGGCAGCUCUGGGUUAAAGGGGGCGAGGCGCACCUGGUGAUUGAAAAAGCCCAGGACACCCAGGCAGGGCAGUACAAGUGGAGUCUUGUCGGGCUCCAGAGAAACCUCAAAACCACCACCCUGAACGUCUCAGGUGAGGAGAGGAGCACCUUGACCCCCAGGUCCCGCCCACUCCCGACAGGCCCGGAGAUGCUGCUCCCCAGUCUCAGGCCUGACCCCGAAGACAGGAGCCAGGCCCAGGUGGUCCUCCUCAUCCUCGCCCUGGUCGCCCUCUCCGUCCUGCUGGUCUGCGUGCUGGCCUGGUGCAGAAGGUCUGGCUCCCCGAAGUUCUCCAAGCUCUGUCAGAUAAGGAGGCUCUGAGCCACAGUGGGGAGUCCUGUGCACCACGCACUGCACUACACAAAGAGCAAGUGAGGCGAGGGGCAGGCCAAGGACCAGGAAGCCUGGCAGCAUCCUGGCCUCUCGCUGACACGCAAGCC